AAGUCUUAUAAUUCUUGAACAAAAGAAAUUAGAAAGGAGAAGAAAAAGAUUUUUUAAAAAAUAAAGGCAAAAAAUAGGGCCGAUGAUGAGAUUUCAGAUUUGGUAAACACGACGCAACAAUUAACAACCAUAAAUAAAAUAAAAUAAAAUAAAAAAAUCCAACGCUACGGUUGUCCCAUUCCUUUCGGUUUUGGCUUUGAUGCGAAGCCAAUUAAGAAAAAAAAAAAACAAACUAUUCACCAGACAAGCCUGAAAAAGUUUACUUUGAGAAAUUGGCAGAUCUAUGAUUGAGGCACGCAAAGGGAAAGAAUGAAAAGAAGAAGACGUUGAUGAUGAUGAUGUUGGAGGUAGUACAGUUGGGAGCAGCGGCGGCGUGCGUGGUGGUGUUGGUUCCAAUGGGGAUGGCUGGAUUGCAUUUGAGCCGAAACAAGAUGCUGUUUUUCAGCGGUGCUCUUUUCAUUACUCUGGCUGUUUGUGUCCAUCUGACUCCCUAUUUCCCUUCCGUUUCUGAUUUCGUAACCUCCGUUUCUUCUGCUGUUGUGUUCGAUCACCGCACCUCUUGCAUCAAUUUGGUUAACGACAUUUCUUGGGAGGUCAAGCCCAACGCCUCUCUUCACACUUUCAACAAUCUCUCUUCCUCUCUCGAUUUUUAUGACAAGCGCUGGGAUUGGUCCAAAUCCCCCAAGCUGGACGCCUGCGACUUUCAGAGGUUGUCUGCAACCGAUGCUUCCGACUUACUAAACGGUUCCUGGGUGGUGGUUGCAGGUGAUUCCCAAGCUCGAUUAUUCACCCUCUCUUUAUUAAAUUUGAUUUGGGGUUCCGAAGCCAAGCGCAUGGAUUCGGUUAGAGCUGAUUUGUUUAAGAGGCAUAGUGAUUACAGCAUUUUACUUGAUGAAAUUGGUAUGAAAUUGGAUUUUGUUUGGGCACCUUAUGUUGUGAAUCUGACCAAUUCGAUGAUGGCUUUUAAGACCAAAAAGAGUUACCCUGAUGUUAUGGUCAUGGGGGCUGGUCUAUGGCACAUGCUUCAUGUCACCAAUGCAUCAGACUAUGAUUUCGCCUUGCGAAUGUUAAAAAGUUCUGUGGUUUCUUUGUUGCCAUUUUCACCUGAGUUAGGCAUGAAUGGACCAGUUACUGGUUCCGUCUCCAUUAAGUCACCCCAUUUGUUUUGGCUGGGGAUGCCCAUGCUGAUCAAUGGGAUGUUGAACACACAGGAGAAGAGAGAGAAGAUGAGUGAUGCAAUGUGGCAUGACUAUGAUAGAGCACUUGGUGACAGUAGGCUGUUACGCCAAACCGGUGGCCCUCUGCUGUUGUUGGAUAUCCAGUCAUUGACUUGGAAUUGUGGGCCGCGUUGUACAUCUGAUGGUAUGCAUUAUGAUGGAGCUAUCUAUGAGGCUGCCGUUCAGAUCAUGCUAAAUGCAUUGCUUAUUGAAUCUCAUCAGAGGCUUUGAAGCCGCCAACAGUUUUUUUUCCCUAAAAUCUGUUCUGUGUAGCUUUUCCAGAAACAUACCAAUGGUUUUACGGCAAGCUUCACGAGCAUUUGACCCUUAAGAGAGGCUCGAUUCUUCUUGCCCGUAUAGAAUCUUUGAAAAACUUGCCAGCAUCCCCCUUUGGCUUUGGAGUUUGGAUUAACACGUAAAUUUUCUAUUUUUGCAGAUUAGCAUCCAAUAUCAUGUGUAUAUGGCAUGCAAGCAUUCAUGUCCGCAGACAUGAAUCACCAGCCAUCCACCCCAUGAUGGAUCAAUGGAUGGUGAAUUCGGGAUUUGUCUAGUGAAUUGUUGCAUGUGUUAGGGGAUAUUAAUUCCCAUUCACUGAAAUAUCCAAAAAUUAAAAAAGAAAAAGAACUGCAAUUGUAAUGAAUGGUAUGUUUGGAAAUUUUCUAUUAGCUGUAAAAUCUCUUCCUUUUGUUAGAAUGGAGAUUCUUAGGUUGUGUGUUGGAGAUGCUAGAUUUGGUAUGAAUUAAGAGUGAUUGCAGAUGUAGCUGGUGCCUUCAUAGAACGAGGGUUCGAGAUCACACUGUAAGUCUAAGGAAGUUCUUCCAAUAUAAUUGAGUGUUCUUAUAUUACAGCAAAUACAAAAGGGGUCUUUUAAAGGAGAUUGGCAAGGCACCUCACCACGGUUUUCUUGGCUAACAAACCUAGAGACUCCUACAUACGCACCCACAACCUGAGUUGUUCUCGUGAAGUUAAUCCUUCUGCUCCUUCCAUGUGCAUUAAAAUCUCCAUAAGUAGGUAUUUUGUUUAUGACAUAUUACAGUUGUGAGGGCUGCAACAAGUCGGACAAACUGCCCAGCAUCUAACAAAGAGAAAAAAUCCAUAUUUGCAUUACAUUUAUUUUUAUUUUCUUGACAUGUUUUUCUUCAUCGGUAGUUGUACAUAUAGAUGUAUCUAGUUUGUUUCCUCUUCCUGAUAUCAGUUUUUUUUAAGUGACCUGUGUUCCAUUGGGUAAAGCUUGCUUGUUAAUAGAGUAAAAUGCACAAAUUUAUGAGCUUGUGGUUCUAUGAAAGGUACACCUGUAUAUUUUACCAAUUGAAUUGGUGUUUAGGAAGGUCCAGAAAUUAACCAAUACUGCAACUUCAGCUACUUGAUAAUCCCCAAAAUUCCACUACAUGGAACAACACUCCUAUAUUUCAUCCAGUAGUCAACCCAAAAGCUUGAAUUGCCUAAAAGAAUCAACCAAUCUUCAAGCUUUCAAGCCAAUUUAUAAACUCAAUUA